AUGAGCAUUGUGAGGCAAACUAUUGCUAAGCUAUUAGUGCAGAAAUCAGUUCAAGGCAGCACGACCCGUUCAAAGAUGAAUGGGUUCAUAAACAUCGAGGAAGACCAGAAACCGGGUACAGAUACGGCACCGGUCAUACCGAUCUCCAACAAUGUCGCGAUUCGCCAGGCUGCUAACCUGCUCGAAUCCGGCCAAGUGAUUGCCCUGCCGACCGAUACCGUUUACGGUUUAGCUUGCAGUGCCAAUAAUCCCGCCGCCAUCCAGCAAUUGUACGCCAUCAAAGGGCGGCACGGCCAAAAGCCUGUGGCAAUAUGCGUUGCCGACUUUGACGACCUACGCUACUGGGGGCAGGCGGACCAUCUUUCGGACAAGCUCCUGCAGCAACUAUUGCCCGGGGCAGUCACCAUUGUGGUUCGGAAAUCGUCUCAUUUGGACAACCCUUUCCUGAACCCUGGUGUGGAAAAGAUUGGCAUUCGAAUACCAGACUUCCAGUUCAUCCGGGACGUGUCGCGUGCGUUUCGUUACCCGAUUGCACUAACGAGCGCCAACAAGAGCGCAUGCCAAAGCACACUGAAUGUGCACGAGUUCCAGUGCCUGUGGUCCAGCUUGGGAGCGGUUUUCGAUGGUGGGCAGCUAGGACUAUCGGAGGAACAACGUGCGGCAUCAACGGUGAUCGACUUAUCUGAGGUCGGAUCGUACCGCUUGAUACGAGCUGGAGUAGCUGCGGAACACACCAAGCGAGUUGUGGAAAAAUUUAAUUUCUUUGCCAACCAUUAACUUUAUACGUUCGGUCGUGGGAA